ACCAACAAAUCUCUUAUCUUCCUUUCAAACCCACACUCUGUCAGUACCACCCAUCCCAAACCUUUCCCAUUUGUGUCUCAACCUUCAAUGGCUUCUACUCUCGCUCUCCCAUGCCACACUGUGGCUUCACUUCUCCCUUCCCACACUUCCAUGUCCCAUUUUCCUCUUCCCAAAAGUAUCCCAAUUCUCUCCAAAUCAUCGUACUCUCAAUUUUAUGGCCUUAAAUUCUCUCUCUCUUCUUCUCUUUCUACGAUCCCUUGUUUUUACUCCUUCAAAACUUCCAUUUCCGCCAAGGUGAAUAAAGGGUCGGUGCCUCCAUCGUUCACUUUAAAAGAUCAAGACGGGAAAAAUGUGAGCCUUUCCAAGUUUAAAGGGAAGCCUGUGGUUGUUUAUUUCUACCCUGCUGAUGAAACCCCUGGCUGCACCAAACAGGCUUGUGCUUUCAGAGAUUCUUACGAGAAGUUUAAGAAAGCAGGAGCUGAAGUUAUUGGAAUCAGUGUUGAUAACUCAGCAUCACACAAGGCCUUUGCACAGAAGUACAAGCUUCCAUUUACAUUGCUGAGUGACGAGGGGAACAAGGUGAGGAAAGAGUGGGGAGUUCCAUCGGAUCUAUUUGGAGCUUUGCCAGGAAGACAGACGUAUGUCAUUGACAAGAAAGGUGCGGUUCAACUCAUUUACAACAACCAGUUCCAGCCCGAGAAACACAUCGAUGAAACCUUAAAAAUGCUUCAGACUGUAAAUUCAUCUGUUUAAUGUUUCCACUUUUUUCUUCUUUCACUCCCUCUGGGACUCGCGCAUGUGUUGUUGGUGUGACACAAGUGUUUGUGUCGUAUGAUUCAAAGUGCAAAACCACCCAUUGUUUGCCUUGACAAGCUGAUCAUUUGUAUCCAACCAUGCAUAUGUAAUGGAACUUCUAUGACUCAA